CGCCUUUUGUCUGCCUUUCUUGAGAGAGCCAGUUUCGGAAGGCCCACGCGGUGCAAGUGUUUCGAUCUUUCUGUCUUGUAAAAUAUGGCUAACCCUAAAGUUUUUUUUGACCUUACUGCCAAUGGGCAGCAAGUUGGUAGAGUCAUCAUGGAGUUAAGAGCUGAUGUUGUCCCUAAAACAGCAGAGAACUUCAGGCAACUGUGCACAGGAGCCCCUGGAUUUGGCUACAAGGGAUCAACAUUCCAUCGUGUCAUCCCUGACUUCAUGUGCCAGGGUGGUGACUUCACAAACCACAAUGGAACUGGUGGGAAGUCUAUCUAUGGUAACAAAUUUGCAGAUGAGAACUUCACCCUGAAGCACACUGGUCCUGGAAUCUUGUCCAUGGCCAACGCUGGGCCCAACACAAAUGGCUCUCAGUUCUUCAUCUGUACUGAAGAAACUACCUGGCUUGAUGGGAAACACGUUGUGUUUGGAAGUGUCGUGGAGGGCAUGGACAUUAUAAGGAAAGUGGAGAAUUAUGGUUCAAAGAGUGGCAAGACUAGUGCCAAGAUAGUUGUUGCAAACUGUGGCCAGCUGUAGAGCUGUACAUGGUCUUCAAUCUAUUCUUGAUGCUCUCCCUUCAAUAUCCUCCGUAAAAAGUGCUACAUUCCUAGCAUUGGGGGUGUGUACUGGGUUGUGCUUUUUUCCCAAUAUUAAAUGUAUUACAGCCUU